AUGUUACAAUUGCCCAAAACAAGUAGAACGCCUGGAUAAAAUUUUAGUUUUAACUAGUUUGCCUCUGCUCCUAGUUCUCCAGAUAGGAAUAAUAAGCAAAGCACUUUAAAAGAUUAUAUAAAAUAUCGAUAAAGAAAUUUAAUUGAUUUCGUAAAGAGCAGAUUAUAGAGUCGACAAAUUAGUCCAAAAAACCUUUUUAAAGUAGAUCUGAUUAAGUUUGCGAAGAAGAAAUAUGAUAGCAUGCCUAGUCCUAUAAUUGGGGAGAUUAAAUUUUUAUCAACAUAAAAGUCAAUUGGAGAUUCAAUUUAGAUAGUAAAUGGGCAAGGGAUGACAGAUGAAACAUUGUUUGAUGAAAUAAUUGAUUUGGAAAAUGCAAUAAACUCGAAUGGAGUAGAUAAAAAAAUGAUGGGAUCACAAAGGCAAAUAAAUCAUUCAAUAAUGAAGAAAGAAGUAACUGAGGAUGGUUAAGUGAAGAUUAAUUAGUACACAAUACUACAAGAACUUGGUAGAGGAUCAUUUGGGAAAGUGAAAUUGGCAAAAGACAAUAACAAUAGAAAAUAUGCAGUGAAAAUAUGCGAUAGAAAGAAGUUAAAGUUGAAAUUACUUUCGAGUAAACUUGAUGCUUAUUCAUUACUGGAUAAAGAAAUAGCAAUAAUGAAGAAAGUAGACCAUGAUAACAUUGUUUAACUCUAUGAAGUUAUUGAAAAUCCACACAAUGAUAAAUUGUAUUUGGUUUUAGAAUAUAUGGAUGGACCCCCGAUAUUAUCAAUUUAAAAAAGUAGUAUUGAAAUUAUAUGGAAACUCUUUCGUGAUUUCAUGCUAGGACUAGAAUAUUUGCACAAUUUCGCCAAUAUUGCUCACAUGGAUAUUAAACCUGAGAAUCUUCUCUUAAACUAGGAAAUGAAGUUGAAAAUUGCAGAUUUUGGGGUUUCUCAAAUUAUGGACGAUGAGUUAGUCAAAACUAAAAUUGGGACAUCAGCUUACCAACCACCGGAAGUAUUUACUGAUGAGUAAGUAAGAGGCAAGCCAAUUGAUGUUUGGGCUGCUGGGUUAACAUUUUACCAAUUAGUUUAUAAUGAACAUCCGUUUAUUUCAUAAAGAUAGGAUCAAUUAAAGAAUAAUAUUCUCACUUAAAGCAUUAAGUGGAGAGAAACCUCAGACUUAACAGACUUGCUCAAGAGAAUGUUAGAGAAGAAUCCCAAUGAUAGAAUAACAACAUAACAAGUGUUAGAACAUCCGUGGGUGACUAAACAUGGAAGAUUUCCUCUAAAAAAUGAUCACUAAGGUAAUUUUUUAGUGACGGAGAACGAUAUUCAUAAUGCCAUCACAAGAUUAUCCUUCAAUAUGGCUAUUAGAACUUUAAAUAAAUUGAAAUAAAAGUUAAGUUAAUCUCGCUAGCGAUUAAAAUAAAGAAAGGUUUUGGAGUCAUGA